UAAAAGCAGGAAGAUUUCAUGACCGAAAGCAGACGUUGAGCCGAGCUCAAGACCUGAUCAACACUUCUCAAAUCCAUCCUCUCAAACUUGCUCUUUUGCUCUCUUUUGCUCUCAAACUUGCAACAAUGACGAAGAUACUGCUGUGCAGUUGCCUUCUGGUAGCGGUCAUCGCCAUCAGCAAGACAUCAGAUGCGUUCUUCCUCAAUAAAGGAUCGUCUGGCCGUGCUAUGAGAUCCUAUGGUAGCGGUGGAGGCGGAGGUGGAGGCGGAGGGGGAGGCGGUGCUUACCGUGGAAGUGGCGGAGGAGGAGGUGGAUUCAGAAGUUACGGCGGGUCAUCUGGAGGCGGCGCAGCCGGCGGAUACGGUUCUUCAGCAGGCGGUGGUUUUGGAGGCCUAUCCGGCGGCAGUGGAAGUGGCGGAUAUGGAGGCUCUUCAGGAGGCGGCGGAAACGGAGGCUCAUCAGGAGGCGGCGGAUUCGGAGGAUCAUCCGGAGGUGGUGGAUACAGAGGCCCUGCAGGAGGUGGCGGCAAUGUCGGCCCUUCGGGCGGAGGCUAUGGUGGCUCUUCAGGAGGCAGUGCAGGCGCUGGGUACGGAGGCUCAUCAGGAGGCGGUGGAGGCGGUGGAUACGGAGGCUCUUCCGGAGGUGGUGGAUUUGGAGGCUCCCAAGGCGGCAGCGGAUACGCAGCUCCGUCAGGAGGCAGUGGAUAUGGAGGUUCUUCGGGAAGUGGUGGAUUUGGAGGCUCUGCAGGAGCAGGAUACGGUGGCUCCUCCGGAGGCGGCGCAAGCGGUGGAUACGGAGGUUCUUCAGCUGGCGGUGCAUUUGGUGGCUCUUCAGGUGGGAGAUAUGGUAGUGGAUACGGAGGUUCAUCUGGAGGCGGUGGAAGUGGUGGAUAUGGUGGUUCUUCCGGAGGCGGUGGAUUUGGAGGCUCUUCAGGAGGCAGUGGAAAUGGUGGAUACGGCGAUGCUUCCUCUGGAAAUGGCGGAGGAUACGGAGGCUCCUCUGGAGGCGGUGGAGGAUACGGUGGCUCAUCUGGAGGCGGUGGAGGAUACGGUGGCUCUUCCGGAGGCGGUGGAUUCGGAGGCGGUUCCGGAGGUGGAGCUUACAGAAAAUAGUAUGGAAGUAUAAGAAAGAACGUUUAACAUAUCUACAGCUUGGUAUUGUAGCUGCUUCAUCCAAAUGACUCUUUUGAGUCUUUGCCCAUUAAUAUCUUCUGUAUCUCAAAAUACAAAACCAUUCAACAUAA